AUGGAGAAAAUAGCUGAAACUCAGGGGAGAAAUAAUCUCUUGGAGAUUCAGUUGGAGGAAGCAAAUCGUUUGGUGAAAUUAACACAGACUAAGGAAAACUGUAUGCAAGAAGAAUGCAGUUUGCUGCAUGGAAUGAUAGCAGAACUACAGGUUACCAUUCAGAAACAAUAUGAUGUGAGAGAUGAAAAUGAACAUUUUAAAAAGUGUAUCCAAGAUCUAGAAGAAAAAUUAAGAAUAGCUGAACAGGAGCAGAAAAAUCAUAUUGAGAAGCUGUUGUUAGAGAUGAAAAAAAUGGAACAGGAGCACAAGAUGGAGUGUAUCAAGAUUCAACAAGACCUGAGCAGAAAAUUUGAAAUACAGGAGGCAGAACUCAAAGAAAUUAUUGACAAAAAGGAAAGUGAGAUUCAACUCCUAAAUAAGCAGUUAUGUUCUCAGGAGAGGGAGAAACAAAAUGAGAUUAUCAAACUACAGAUGGAGUUUAACACCAAGCUAGUGAAGAUCCAGAGCACUUCAAUCAAAUCACCACAUCAGGAUUCUUCUGCAUUGCCGCAGAAUAUCUUCAAGCGGAAGUUGCAACAUUUGCAAGAGGAGAAAAACCGAGAGAUUGCAGCACUUCGCCGGACCAUUCGCGAACUUGAACAGCAGCAAGAUUGCAGAGAAAGCUCAUAUGUUAAACGCCGACGGUUUUAG